AUGACGCGCCUGUUCGCACCGCUAGGCGAAGGGCAACAUCCCAUCUCACCAAGGGAACCAGAUCCUUAUUUCGCAGAUAGAUUUAUCACAGUCGGCCCGCCUAUAUUUAGUUUCGCAGGUGCCGCUGUUCUUUCUGGAUUUCAACUACUGCGGCGGAAAGCAUUACCAGGCCACUAUCUGAGGAAUAUUGGCUCCUUGGCCCUGCCAGCCAUUGUUAUAUGUCCCGCCAUCCAGCGCACAAAUGAGGAAAUGUUUGUUCGGCCCACGCUAGUGAGGGCAGGAAUCGAGCCUAUCCGGCCUCCGAUGUGGGAAAGCAGUGGAAAGAAGAGUGCAGACGACUUGGUCAUGGGAGGGGUCAUGGCUGGACUCCUGGUCGCCACUUUCAAACGCCCUUUUCUAAAUGUCACGGGCUGGAGACGUUAUGCUAGCUUGGCCAUGAUUGGGGGCCAUUCGGCGUGGUGGUUGAGCUCGCCAUAUUUUGGAAAGGAGUGGACGGACGCACUAGAAAAGCGAGAAAUGCCGGCAUUAAGGGCAAAGAUAGAAAGAGCAGUUGCAUUUCAGCGUCAAUUGCCAGGUGAACAGCCGACACCUAGCAUUGCGAUGCCGAUAAUUGACCCGCGAAGUUCAGAAGAAACCGGACCAUCUGUGCCACGCACUCAUUCACGCGCUCAAGUCUUUGGCCCAGGCAGCGCCCCUUUUUUCCAAGCCAUCAGAAUCAGCGAAACAGCCGAACCUUUCAUAGACUAUUCCUGGGAAGGGUCCGAAAGCGAGCUUCGAGAUUGUAUCGAAACACUCGAGCAAAUGAAAAAGGAGUUAGUCGUUGAGACCGAGUACCUGUGGCUCGAAAUUGCAAAGAAAGAACAUAUAUAUUACGCAGAAAAGGGGGAAUCGGAAGUGAAGGAAACGAAAGCUCGACAGCUUAGAGUGUUGGAAGCUCUUCACCGUCACCUCUACAUGGAAAUAAGCAAGCUCGACUGGUUAAUGGCCAAUCUAAAGCGAAAUAUUCGACAGCUGCAAGCCUGGCCCCAGGAGUGGCUACCGCACCAAGAACACCUCUCGAAUCCCGCACUACAUAGCCCAGAAUACACCGCAAAAUACCUGCGGAAUUCUUGGCAAAGAGUUAGGGAGGAUGAAAAUAUUACAACGAUUAUUCCGGGCAAGCAUAUGCACCAGAACAUGACCGAGCUCAACAAGGAUCUCAAAAAAGAGCUGGCGGUCAUGGAAGAUUUGCUCCACGAUUUUGAGAAGAGGGUCCAGGAUGCCAACAAUCGUGGAUCAUGA